UAUACUGGGAUUAUUCGAGUUGGAAUACAGAUCCAACAAUCAUGGCCACCAAGACCUCGUUCUUGGUCCUCGGACUCCUCUGCCUGGCUAGAGCCAAUCCUCUGUGCCCUGGGAACACGGCGGUAUAUGAAACUCCUGCCGCCACCACCGUCUGCGAAACUACGCAAAACAUCGGCGUAGGAGGCUUAGGAGGUCUGGGCGGCCUCGGCGGUCUAUGGGGAUCUUAUGGACGGGGACUCGGCUUUGGUGGUCUUGGAGCUACGACUGUUUGUGAAUCGACACCGAAUCUUGGCGGCUUGGGAGGGCUUGGUGGGACAACCGUUUGUGAGACCACUACACCCAAAAUUGGAAUAGUAGGUCCUAUAGGUUAUGGAGGUGUUGGCAUGGGUGGUACUACGAUCUAUGAAUCUACACCAGGUAUUAACUUUGGGUAUGGGUAUAGUCCUUACAGUGUAAGUGGUGUCGGUUUAGGAGGCAUUGGAGGUACUACGAUCUGUGAGACUGUACCUAAUAUAGGCAUAGGUUCUGUAGGCAUUGGUGGUACAACGGUAUGUGAGACUACAACACCGAAUAUAGGAUUUGGAGUAGGUUUUGGAGGUAUCGGCAUGGGUGGUCUUGGUGGUACUACAGUAUGUGAAACCACCCCGAACGUAGGUUUAGGUAUGGGUAGUAUUGGUGGUACCACAGUUUAUGAAACCAUUCCGAACGUAGGCUUAGGAAUGGGCUACGGUAUGGGCGGUCUAGGUAUGGGUGGGAUUGGUGGUACCACCGUAUGUGAAACCAUCCCGAACGUAGGUUUAGGAAUAGGCUACGGUAUGAGCAGUCCAGGUAUGGGUGGCAUUGGUGGUACUACCGUCUGUGAAACCAUCCCGAACGUAGGUAUAGGAAUGGGGUACGGUAUGGGUGGGAUUGGUGGAGCUACCGUCUGUGAAACCAUUCCGAACGUUGGCUUUGGAAUGGGCUACGGUGGUCUAGGUUAUGGUGGCCUAGCUGUGGGUGGUCUUGGAGGGUCUACAGUCUGCGAAACUAUCCCGACUAUACUGCACAGAACGUUGAAUAUACUCUAG